GCGAGUCUGGCGCCGUGGCCGGUCCGGGCCAUGGGGAGGGGCCGAGCGGGAGGUGGGAGCUGUCGGCGGGGCUCCGGGAGGGGUCGCCCUGGGUGCCCUGCGUCGUCCCUGUGGGCCGGAGCCUGGGGCCCUGGAAGGCGUCGCGAGGGGUGGCGGCCGCGGCCUUUCCGGCUUUUCGGGCUCACCCGCCUGACGGAGGGGCGGCGCAGGACGCGUCCCCACGCCGCGGAGACCUGGGAACUCGCCGGAGCUGAGAGACGCUCUGUGCUUGAGGCAAGGCCCUUUUCCAAAUAAAGAGCCAGCAAGAAGUGGAGGUGACAAGAACUGAACUUGUUAAAGCCAUGUGCCCGAGCUUAGUGACUUUCUCAGACGUGGCCAUAGACUUCUCCCAGGAGGAGUGGGAGUGGCUGAGCCCUGCUCAGAGGAGGCUGUACAGGAAGGUGAUGCUGGAGACCUACCAGAGCCUGGUCUUUGUGGGUCUCUGCAUUUCUAAACCAGAUGUGGUCCACUUACUGGAGCAGGAGCAGGAGCCCUGGACGAUGCCAGGAGAAGCAGUCAGGGGCCUGUGCCCAGACCUGGAGUGUGUGGGGGUGACCAAGGAAUCAUCUCCAAACUGGGACAUGGAGGAGGAAAAAUUAUCCCAGGCUGCAGUAAUGGAAAGACUGACAAGCCGUGACCCUGAGUGUUGUGCACAUUCUGGGGAAGACUGGAAGUGUGGACCCUUGCUGGACAGGGAGCUGGUAGGUCAGGAGACAGUCACUCAUGUAGAUACCCAUGUUGAGAAAAGAGACCGUUCUACCAAAUCUGGAACCCAUUGUCAUCAGAAUACAGUGUCUGAUAUAACACAGAUUGUUCCCAUGGGGCAGAGAAGGUGUGAUUUUGAUACAGAUAAGAAAACACAUUCAGUUCCCCAAAAACCCAAGCAAGUCUAUGGAGAAAAGAAACUUUUGAAAUGUAACCACUGUGAGAAAAUGUUCAGCAAAGUUUCGACCCUUACUCUUCAUCAGAGAAUUCACACUGGAGAGAGACCCUUCGAGUGUGCCGAGUGUGGGAAGGCCUUCAGCCAGAACGCUCACCUCGCGCAGCACCGGCGGGUCCACACGGGGGAGAGGCCGUUCCGCUGCCCACAGUGCGCCAAGGCCUUCGGCCAGCCCGCACACCUGGCGCAGCACCGGAGGGUGCACAUGGGGGAGAGGCCCUUCCAGUGUGUGCAGUGCGGGAAGGCCUUCGGCGACCGCUCCUUGCUGGCCCACCACCGCAGGGUCCACUCUGGGAAGAGGCCCUUCGGGUGCACGGACUGCGGGAAGACCUUCAGGCAGAAGGCCUCCCUGGUGCGGCACCAGCGGUACUACCACAAUGGGGAGAAGCCCUUCCACUACGCGAACUGCGGGAAGGCCUUCACGGACCACGCAGGGCUCCUCCAGCACAGGAGGGUCCACACCGGGGAGAGGCCCUACAGGUGCGGCCACUGUGGGAGGGCCUUCAGCCACAGCUCGUCCCUGACCAUGCACCAGCGGGUCCACACGGGGGAGAAGCCCUAUGCGUGCCAGGACUGCGGGAAGGCCUUCUGCCAGAGCACCCACCUUGCCCACCACCGGAGGGCGCACACGGGCGAGAAGCCGUUCGCGUGCCAGGACUGCAGCAAGGCCUUCAGCCAGAACUCACACCUGGCGCAGCAUCGGAAGGUGCACACCGGGGAGAGGCCGUUCGCAUGCCGGGCCUGCGGCAAGGCCUUCAGCCAGGUGACACACCUCGUGCAGCACCAGCGGGUGCACACUGGCAGAAGGCCCUACGACUGCCGGGAGUGCGGCAAGGCCUUCGGUCGGAGUUCGUCCCUCGUAAAGCACCUGCGCAUCCACACGGGCGAGAAGCCCUUCCGCUGUGACGUGUGCGGAAAGCCCUUCAUGGAGCGCUCGUCCCUCACCAUCCACCGGCGCGUGCACACGGGGGAGAAGCCCUACACGUGCGGGGACUGCGGCAAGGCCUUCAGCCAGCGCAUGAACCUCGUAGUGCACCAGCGCACGCACACGGGCGAGAAGCCCUAUGCGUGCCGUGUGUGCGGCAAGGCCUUCCGCAAGACCUCGUCCCUCACACAGCAUGAGCGCAUCCACACGGGCGAGAAGCCCUACGCGUGCGGGGACUGCGGCAAGGCCUUCAGCCAGAACAUGCACCUCAUUGUGCACCAGCGCACGCACACGGGCGAGAAGCCCUACGUGUGUCCCUUGUGUGGCAAGGCCUUCAGCCAGAAUAUGCAUCUGACAGAGCACCGGCGCACGCACACGGGAGAGAAGCCGUACGCGUGCAAAGAUUGUGGCAAGGCCUUCAACAAGAGCUCCUCGCUUACCUUGCACCAGAGGAACCACACUGGCGAGAAGCCGUACGUGUGCAACGAGUGUGGCAAGGCCUUCAGCCAGAGCUCCUACCUCAUCCAGCACCAGAGGUUCCACAUCGGAGUGAAGCCCUUCGAGUGCGCGCAGUGCGGGAAGGCCUUCAGCAAGAACUCGGCGCUCGCGCAGCACCAGCGCAUCCACACGGGCGAGAAGCCCUACGAGUGCUACGUCUGCAAGAAGCACUUCACCGGGCGCUCGUCGCUGGUCGUGCACCAGAUCGUGCACACCGGCGAGCGUCCCUACAAGUGCAGUGACUGCGGCAAGGCCUUCAGCCAGAGCGCGUACCUGAUAGAGCACCAGCGCAUCCACACGGGCGAGAAGCCGUACCGCUGCGCGCAGUGCGGGAAGUCCUUCAUCAAGAACUCCUCGCUGACGGUGCACCUGCGCAUCCACACCGGCGAGAAGCCCUUCCGCUGCGCCGAGUGUGGGAAGACCUUCAGCCGCAACACGAACCUGACCCGGCACCUGCGAAUCCACACCUGAGCUCAGCGGUGGACACCAGGUGGACACCAGGUGGUGGGCUGCGCCGUGCAGGUCAGUGGGGCAGUCCUGUCUUUGGAGCACAUGAUGACUGACGCCAGGAGGCCCAGGAAUGUGGGCAUCCUUGGAGGGCUUUUUGCUCAAACGUGCCCUCCUAGGAAGGUAAGCAAGUCCCUGGAUACCUGGUGUAUUGGGGGACGUUGUAAGGUUUCUGAGGUCCAGUUAGUAAUGGAACUUAGGCUGGGGCCCAGCCCUAUGUGUGAAUACCACAGGAGCUUGGCAAAUGGCAGUGUCUCGGGGCUGCAUGUCAGCAGGACUAAGGGGCAGGUGGGAGGAGGGUGAAGACUGGGCUCUUACUCCCUUUGUCCUGUGCGCCCUGAACCCAGAUCUCAGUUUGUCCCAUCUCAGUUUUCUCCAUGGGUUAAAGGGAGAUGGGGGCGUUUGUCCUUCCCACUGGCAGUCCGUCCUGUCCUGCUGGAUCCCAGUUGUUGGUAAGGGAGGAAAGGGCCCCAUGCCACAGUUAGCAAAUAACAAUGCCUGCUUUGAAUGCCAAAGUUAGAGUCGUCUGUUAGGAUUUUCAAAAAUAAAGCUUUUGAUUAAGGGAGACUAGGUCAUUUUAAGUGAUCUUUUAAGUGUAAGAGAUAGGAUGCCAGUCCUGUGUCAAAGUCGACUUCGGAGACGGAGGGGAGAGUGGGAGGGAGGGAACCCAGGCUGCGCCAGGUUCAGGUCCCUGUGGGGUUCAGUGAGGCAUGCACUCCGGCAGACUGUUCCUGCAGUUAUUUUAGCAGCUAGGCUUGAAGGUAACUGCCGAGCCCAUUCCUGCUGUCACAGGAAGAGCCCUCCRCUGGGUAGCCAUGUGCAGUGGCACAGCACUGCUCACAACAGUCCUGGAGCUGGGAGGGCCAAGGUGCCCGCAGGCUUGGUGCCUGAAGAGGCCCAUUCUUUAUAGACUGCCUCUGUGUGCCUUCCCUGUGCUCCUUGGGCCUCUUACAGGGGCUCUGCCCCUAGGACCCCUCCUCCCAGAGGCCACCUCUUCAUGUGGUCCACCAUGAAUGUGAGGGACACCGACUCGCAGGUUUGCCAGACCUUGUACUGCACCUCCCGGCUGACUGGAAGCUCUGCCUGCACCUGGGGGGCCCGCCACCCCACAGGCUUUCUCUGGGGCCUUUAGGCCACCUUUUAAUACUGACAUUAAUAGAACUGGUUCUGAACGCCCUGGAGUUUCUGAUGGUUCCCACUUUUUGAUACUGGUGUAUAUGAAGAAUAAACAAGUCAUUUAAAGGUCACUUUGGUAUCACAAGUACACUUUGUAAGGCA